AUGCAAAAAGGAUUAAUUAAAAAGACGAAAAAAGGUUAUGAACAUACACAGCCACUUAAUAAGAUUAGUUAUGACUCAGAAACGAUCAAUGUAACUUGGAAACCUUUAUUACCAAGACCUCCAACAAUAUCUUCAAGUAGCAUUAGGUUAUCACCAAUGACUUCAACUACGAAUUCUUUUACUUUAGAAACUACCCCAGAUACUUGUACACCUAUUUCAACAACUAAAGUUAAGACAAACUUAAUGCCAAUACUUUUAGAAGCAGCCGCCGAAGCAGCACUUCGAGACAAACGUCAAGAACGUAUGGUUAAAAAUCGAGCAGCCGCUUAUGAAUCACGAAAAAGGAAAAGGGAACAAGCGGAAAGGUUAAAUGCUGAAAAUGAAGAAAUGAAAGAAAGAAUUAUUAGUUUGGAAGUUAAAAUUGCCGAAUUAACGAGAGAAAAUGAACGAUAUAAACGAUUAUUCGCGGAAAAAGAAGGGAAAGGUGAAUAA